CCCAGCAGGGGCAGAGGCAGCCGGAGGAAGCCGCCGUCGCCGGUCCCCUGCCCUCCCUACUCCCCCAUCCCUCCCCGGUAGCACCAGCGCCCCCGGGCGGCGGCGGGGGAGGGACAGGAGGCGGGGGCGGCCACCUGGCCGGGACCACCGUGGCCCUGAGGGCCGUCAGCAAGGUGGUGCACAAUGACCACGACAGCAGGAGAUGGAAGAAGAGGACUGCCACACCGAGGAGACCCACGAGUCUGAGGACAAUGAGGAGGAUGAGAUGGAGGAGGACGACGAUGACUCCGAUUACUCGGAGGAGCAGGAAGACGACGACGAGGACGCCAGUUACUAUAUGGAAAGCAGCUUCCGGAGCCAUAGAACCUACAGCAGCACUCCAGCGUCUCCUCUCAGGCUGGAGUUUGGUGGUGCGAUUCCAACUCAGGGCAACCUCCACCUCCCGGGUCAAAUGAUUCUCCUGCUUCAGCCUCCAGAGUAACUGGGAUUAUAGGUGCGUGCCACC